AUGGCAGACCUGCCGGCGGAUGUAGUCGCCGGGGUACUAUCAGCAUUACCAGUGAAGUUGCUUAUGCGGUUCAGGUGCGUUUCAAAACAAUGGUGUGGGCUAAUUGACAGCCAAUUUUUCAUCAAAUCGCAUCUAAAUCGGUCCAUCGAAACCAACACCAAUCGCAGUCUCAUUCUUAAACGAUACAUAUAUUUGGGAGCUUGCCAUUUAUUCUCCGUAAACUUGGAUUGGGCGAGUCCUAUAGGUUUCAAAGGGUGUCCCGUAGUCUUCAAUGGGUUGGGUUAUAGUAUCGAUAGAAUGGAUCCAGUUGAUGAUCAGCCACCAUGUGAGGAAGUGUUGGGUUGUUGCAAUGGCUUGCUCUGUUUGUUUGACCACUACGAAUAUGUUGUCUUGUGGAACCCUUCAACAAGAAAACGCCACAAAUUACCCUUCUCAUCCAUUGAGAUGCCACAUCGAUCUACUCCCCAACAUUGUUGUAACUUGAUACCAAUAACCCAAUUCUGCGGAUGCCGAUAUAUUCUUUACGGGUUUGGGUAUGAUGGUGUGAAUGAUGACUACAAGGUGGUGAGGAUUGUAAAGUGUUUGAAUGGUUCUGAUUCUGAAGUGAAGGUUUAUAGUCUGAAAUCGAAUUCUUGGCGACGGGUUGAAGAUUUUCCUUAUGAUCACCACCACCACCCAUACGAAGAGAGUGGGGUGGAUGGUGUAUUAGUUAAUGGAGCUUUGCACUGGACUCUGACUUCAACACCACAUGCACAGGCACAGGUGGGUGUUGCCAACUUGACCUUGAUUGCUGCUUUUGAUCUUGGAGUUGAGGAAUUUCAGUUGGUGCCACAGCCUGAAUAUUUGGAUACGAAUAUUUGGAUCAAUGUCGGGUCCUUAGGAGGCUGUCUUUGUAUCCUUUGUACUCUGGUUUUGACCAUUGAUGUAUGGGUGAUGGAGGAGUAUGGAGUUAAGGAAUCUUGGAUUAAAUUAUUUGCUAUCCAGAAAUCAAGUUUCAGUCGGCCGGUGGCGAUGGGUGAUGUAUUGAAGCCUAUAGGCUAUUCAAAGGGUGGUGGGGAAGUCCUUUUGGGACAGAGGAGGUGGUUGCAUUGGUAUGACUUGAAAAAGAAAACUGUAACAAAUGUUGAAAUUUAUGAUGGGUCGGAGUCACUUGCAGCUGAUAUUUGUUUCGAAAGCAUGGUUACAGUUUUGUGA